CAAGGAGUUGUUUGCUAAAUCCAACAUUUCAGCUGAAUGAAUGAACAUCAGCAGUGUGUUAAAGACCUGAAUCACAAACAGCACAAAAUACACCAGAGAUCUUCAGUUCUUCAGAACAAACCCAGGAGAAUGUCUGAAAGAAGAGAAAUCAAUGUCCGUGAAAGUCAAGAGUCUCAGGAAGGGAUGAGAAGCAACUCCCAAACCUUUCCCAACCAAAUCGUUGAGGCUUUUCACAAUGGAAGCACCAGAAUGCGGUCUUGGUUCUGUGGCAAAGAAGAUGAAAGUAAGAAAGAAGAACUGAUAAGAUCUACACAAUCCCUUCACCACUACAUACACAAAUACUUCAACAUCACUAACAGACUGUCAGAGAUCCUCAAUAUUCAGAUGAAUCAAAACAUCUUACCUGCAGUCUCAGCGAAUAAAAGUGAAAGUAUAGAGCAGAACUGUGUCAGGGUUAGACGGGUUAUGAGCCAAAUCAUUGGCCUAUGUGAAAGGGAGGACAAACUUGUUCAGAAGAGCAUUGAACCUGCACUUUAUGAAAAGAUCGCCUUCUCUGUUGGGUCACUGGAAGAAAAGGCUGCAGUGAUAAAAGACGUGCAUGAUAAAAACAUGGGUGUCUUGGGAAAUGUCUUCUGUCCUGUAGUCACUGUUCAGCUGGCCAGAAGUAAUCUGACGGAUGUAAUGCCUCCAGUGGAACUGCUUAAAUCUCAGCCCGUUUCAUCAUUCGUCCUGCUGGGAGAUCUCGAGCAGAGCAGUAAACUAAUCACUAAGCUUCUGUGUGGAUCGCAAAACCAUCAAACGAGCCUUGAUGAAGCCAUACAGCUAAUGCAAGAUCUCCUUUCUAUUCUGAGGCCGCCCUGUGACUCCUACAAUGAUAUUCUUUGUGAAGUGGAAGCCUAUGUGAAGAUCAUAUCCAAGAAGAUGUAGGAGAGAGUUUAAAAAGUUAAAGUAAAUAAAAGAGUAAACAUAGCAAAUUUAUUUUUAACAUGUGCUACACUGCUUUUAACUUAAUUUACAACACUCUCACAAAUCUACAAAAGAAAAUUAAACUUCUUGUGUAAGUAAAUGUGUGUGACGUCUUUUUAUCUGGAGUAAUGUGCUGUCAAAUGAAAAAAUGUUUCCAGGCUGGGGCAGUACCCUUUAAAACGGUCCUAAUGGACCAGAUAUAUACAGGGUUUCCCGCAGAACAUUUCAGUUCAGGCGGCCCGCCUAAACUUGGAAACCCUACCGCCUUAACUAGGUCGGACAAAAAAAAUUGUAAGCACAUAGUUGAUGGCCCCCAUUGACUUUCAUUUCAAAAUAAUAGCAGUGUUCUAAUAAAAGCGAAUAAAGUGCAAACAUUUUAAAAAUAAUAAUAAUAAUAAUACAUUUUAUUUGUAUUGCGCCUUUCUUACACUCAAGGUGCUACAACAACAAUUAAAGAAACAACACUACCCCAUAAUUACAACACACUAAAUAAUGGCAAUAACAGCUAUUAGAUUAUAAAAUAGAUUCAUAAGAAAUAUGUGUUUUAAGUAAUUUCUUAAAACAAGUAAAAGAUACAGCAUUCCUAAUAGAAAAAGGCAAAGAAUUCCACAGCUUAAGCACAACAAAAGAGAACAACCUCCCACCAAUAGUUUUGAGUUUGUAGCGAGGCCAGUGUAGUUGAGAAAGCACAGGGGUAAUAUGGCAGCAUGAUGGUGUAUAGGUCAAAACACGAGCAGCUGAAUUUUGCACAUAUUGCAGUCUCUUAAUAAAAUUUGCAGGUAACCCUGCAAAUAGAGAGUUGCUAUAUAAAGCCUAGAUGUUAUAAAGGCAUGAAUGAGCCUUUCGGCAUCAGGCAUGGCAAUAAAUGGUCUUAUACGUGCAAUUUUCCGAAGAUGAUAAAA